AGUUGAACCUCAGACUGGUUCCGUUCUACCGGGAAUUCCGUGAGCUCGGGUAUAUGGCCGCGUCUGCGAGAGCGCAAGAGGAGGGUUGGGACAGUGUUGUCUGCAGACAAAGGGGGAAGGCUAGCUCUGCCCCCCACUGGCGCCCAGUCUGAGGCCGAGGACACCAGGUUUAUGAUAAAUUGGGAUACAGGUCACCUGGAGUUCGGGGCCUGGCCCAGCUCUCUCAGGAUUCAGCAGACACUGGAGGUGGUGGCCAAGGACACAGUGGUAGUCAAUGUUAUUUGAGCAGGGUCAGCAGGCCCUGGAGCUUCUGGAGUGCACCAUGCAGAAGGCUGCAUACUAUGAAAACCCAGGACUCUUCAGCAGCUAUGGCUACAGCAAAGCCACUGAUACUUAUGGCUACAGCAACCCUCAUCAGCCCUAUCCACCCCCUACUGCUGCCAACUCCCUGGACACUGAUUAUCCAGGUUCUGCCUGCUCCAUCCAGAACUCUGCACCUCUUCGAGGCCCAGGCCACAAGGGGGCUGAACUCAAUGGCAGCUGCAUGAGACCUGGCACUGGGAACAGCCAGAGUGGGGGUGGUGGCAGCCAGCCUCCUGGUCUGAACUCAGAGCAGCAGCCCCCACAGCCCCCACCUCCACCACCCACCCUGCCCCCUUCCUCACCCACCAAUCCUGGAGGAGGAGUUCCUGCUAAGAAGGCCAAGGGUGGGCCCAAUGCUUCUAGUUCCUCAGCCACCAUCAGCAAGCAGAUCUUCCCCUGGAUGAAAGAGUCUCGACAGAACUCCAAGCAGAAGAACAGCUGUGCCACUGCAGGAGAGAGCUGCGAGGACAAGAGCCCGCCGGGCCCAGCGUCCAAGCGGGUGCGCACGGCAUAUACUAGUGCUCAGCUGGUGGAGUUGGAAAAGGAAUUCCACUUCAACCGCUACUUGUGUCGGCCGCGUCGCGUGGAGAUGGCCAACCUGCUGAAUCUCACCGAACGCCAGAUCAAGAUCUGGUUCCAGAACAGGCGCAUGAAGUACAAGAAGGACCAGAAGGCCAAGGGCAUCCUGCACUCGCCAGCCGGCCAGUCCCCAGAGCGCAGCCCGCCGCUCGGCGGCGCCGCGGGCCAUGUGGCAUACUCUGGCCAGCUGCCGCCGGUGCCUGGCCUGGCCUACGACGCACCCUCCCCGCCCGCUUUCGCCAAAUCGCAGCCCAACAUGUAUGGCCUGGCCGCCUACACGGCGCCUCUCAGCAGCUGCCUGCCACAGCAGAAGCGCUACGCUGCGCCCGAGUUCGAGCCCCACCCCAUGGCGAGCAACGGCGGCGGCUUUGCCAGCGCCAACCUGCAGGGCAGCCCAGUGUAUGUGGGAGGCAACUUCGUCGACUCCAUGGCGCCCGCGUCCGGGCCGGUCUUCAAUCUGGGUCACCUCUCGCACCCAUCUUCGGCCAGCGUGGACUACAGUUGUGCCGCGCAAAUUCCUGGCAACCACCACCAUGGACCAUGCGACCCUCAUCCCACCUACACAGAUCUCUCCGCCCACCACUCGUCUCAGGGACGCCUGCCCGAGGCCCCCAAACUGACACAUCUGUAGCGGUCGCCGUGGGCCCGAAUUCGCGGCGCAAUUACCUCUUUUGCUUUGGUGGUGGUGGGGAGGGGUGGCGAGUGGGGCCCGCGGGGCAGUUCGGAGAUCCCCCUUUCCCGCUCUGGCCCAGCCAUCAGCGGCCAGAGGCAUAGGUGACCCGGCCUCCCCUCCGUGCGCGUCCUCCUUUGGGUGACUCGCCAUAAAUCAGCCGCAAGAAUACUCCCCCCACAAGCCUGACAGUGCCAUAUACUGCGGACCGAGGGACUCUAAUCUGGUAAUAGUGCCCCGAAGGUAAGUCUGAGACCCAUCGGCGGCGCGCCCUGCAGAGGCACUAGAGCCUGGAGAGUCCUGGGCCUGGCCCGCGUCUAGCUUAGUUUCUGAGACCUUAAUUUAUAUGCUCCUUCCCAUCCUGUAAGGAUUGCAUCGGACUAAACGAUCUGUAUUUAUUAUUUGAAGCGAGUCAUUUCGUUUCCCUGAUUAUUUAUCCUCGUCUUAAUGUAUUUAUAUGUAUAUUUGUAGAAUUCUCCAGCCGAGCUUAGGAACGCGCUCCCAGGCCAUGGGGGCCACAUUUCACCUCUUUAGUCCCUUGGUCUGAAUUAGUUGCGAGAGUAGUUUUGAACAGUUGUAACCGUGGCUGAUGUUUGUAGUUGAUGUAAAGGAUUAAGACCACAAAUUGUCCUUCAUGGGUAGAGUCAGGCAGCCCAGUGGCAUGGCAUGACACCCGUUAGUCAUUUCUCAACAGCCGCAGCCCUCACCACUCGACACAGUUUAAUGAUUUCAAAUUGUCUGGUACUAUUUGAACAAAUAUUUAGAAUAAAAAAUUUUCUCGGU